AUGCUUAUCGAUUUUACAGUCACUUUCUGGUUGAGAAUUUACUGUUAUAUUGUGGCCAUAGCGUCAUUUCCUAUAAACUUUGGGACUAUUAUGCUCAUUACUUAUAAAAGUGAUAAAAUCGAUAAUUUCAAGUAUUUCAUGCUUUGGUUUCAGAUAACGAAUUCAAUUACCGACUUAUAUAUGGCAAUUUUCGCCCAGCCAAUGUCUCUUCUGCCGAUUUGGGCGGUGCAUUGUGUUGGGUUUGCAGCGACAUAUUUGAAUAUUUGGUCAAAUUAUUUAUUUUCCCUUCUCCCAGCACUAGUCGCCGUGCAAUUCGUAAGCUUGGGGCUGGCAUUUUUAAAGAAGCACCAGUCUAUUGCAAGUAUUGCGCGAAAGCAUCUGAUAUCUGAGCUCGGCCAUAAUAUAUUCCGAGCUUGUGUGACAAUUUGGCCUAUUUUCACUUUUUCGCUAUUCUGCGCAGCUGCAGUGAAUAGGGAGGAGCAGAUGGAUUAUGUGAGAGAGCAUUAUCCGGGGUACGCCUCAGAAUUCGCUCAACUAAAAAACUUUGCGAUCUACCGGAUGAACAUUUGGAUGACAAUUUCCGCAAUUCUAUUCAUCUGGGCGUUCAUUGUAUUCGGUUCCAUCACCUUUUACACCACAUUCGACAUGUUUCAAAUGCUAAAUGGAGUACAGAAAAAGAUUUCGAUAAGGAAUUAUAACCGUGAAAAAGCUGUUGUACGGAGUUUGGUAGCCCAGCUGAUUGCCUCUACCAUAAUCGCGGUUCCUGGCUUCGCUUUCCUAGCCUGUGCAUUCUGGGCCACAGGUGAUUUGAGAACUAUCAUCGAAAUUAUCAUUGUAUUGUUUUUGCUACGUGGCUCAAUCCAUUCAGUUAUCCUAAUAGCAACUACAUCACCAUAUAAGAAAUAUAUUUUGAGGAAAAUUCCGCGAAAGAUGCCACCUACCUCUUCAAUAAUAGUUUCUCUCACUUGA